UUUACUGCUUAGCUCUUUCAGUAAACGGACUGUGUUCGAUCUGCGCGUGCAAAUUGCAACAAAACAUUUAAGAUAAUACAAUUAUUCUAAACCUGACAGGAUAAGUGAAAGUUCAUUCGUCACGAUGGCUUGGAUACAUUUUUGUCUCAUUGCAUGUAUUCUUCCCUGGAUAGUGCAGCUAUUCGACGACUCAGCCAAGGAUAAAUGCCUCAAAAAUGGCAACUUUUAUUGCAAUAUUUCACGGAUAUGUAUCCUCACCGAGUUUGUUUGUAACGGCAGUCCUGCUUGUUCAGGAGGUGAAGAUGAGUCCCCUCCUGCAUGCUCCAAGGAAGAAUGCCUCAAAAAUGGCAACUUUUAUUGCAAUAUUUCACGGAGAUGUAUCCGCACCCAGUAUGUUUGUGACGGCAUUCCUGCUUGUUCAGAAGGUGAAGAUGAGUCCUCUCCUGCAUGCUCCGUGGAUGAAUGUUUUCGAAGAGACCGGACCUUAUGUUUUGAUUCCCUGUGUAUCCCCACUAGUUCGUUGUGUGACGGAAAGUUUAACUGUCCAAGCAGGGAAGAUGAGUUGUCUAUAUUCUGCAAUCUCAAAUACAAUUGUGAAUCGAAGCGUUCUAUAUCCAAUGGCUGCUUGGGUGAAUGUAAACCUGGUCAAUUUGGCAUUUCUUGCCAGAAAACGUGUUUAGAAACGUGUUCGAAUGGCAGUUGUGAUAAAUCAAGUGGACUUUGUAACAUGUGUGCAUCUGGCUAUCAUGGCAAGUACUGCCAGAAAACAUGUUCAGACGAAUGUUUGAAUGGAAUAUGUAAUAAAUCAAGCGGUAUCUGUAAGAACUGUACACAAACGUAUUUAGAAAAUUGUUCACAAGAAUGUGGCAAGGGAUGUCGAGAAAGAAACGGUUUCCCACAAUGUGACAGACAAAGUGGCAAAUGCAUGAAUGGCUGUAAAGUUUAUCACUACGGUAACUAUUGCAACAAUACAUGUAAAAACUGCAAAUUAGAUUUCUCAAGUAGUCCAUGUGAUAUUAACGGUGUGUGUCAGUUUGGAUGUGAGAACGAUUAUUGGGACAAGGCGUGCAACACUAAAUGCAGUGCCAACUGUCAAGUUGACGAACAUGGAAAAAGGUGUAAUUCAUCCACAGGGGAGUGUAUAAACGGCUGUACUCGUGGAUGGAGUGGUAAAUUAUGUGAUGAUUCCACCGAUAAAGAGAACGUCAGCGUCAUAGUCAUACCAGUUAUUGCCACUGUGGUUGUCGUUAUCGUCGGGAUUAUCUGCUAUUUGUGGGGUCGAAAAAGAUUUAACCGCCAGCAGAAUGAACGCAUUGAACCGCGCCGAGAAUUUCGAGUUGGCGUUGCACCAAGGCAACGACCCUCCGGGUCUCGGAGACGGCAAAGUUCUACCCUGUAUGCCGACAUCAACGAAGAAACCAUGGAACAUAAUCAUUACAUCUGCGAGCAAAACCCUCCGGAUCACUAUGAUAAAAUCAAAGAUCGGAAGCCAUGUAUCUGUCCUCAGUGCGUUAGGGAAAGGGUCGAUCCAAUUUUACAAAGGAUUUCUUCAGGUUCCUCAAGUACGACUUUUGUGGAACCUUACGCUACCUGCGGGUGGGGUAUUGAGAGAAGAAGCAGUAUUCACAGCUAUAUAAGCAAUAGUGAGUUAAACACCCGUAGGAACGUCCCAACAAAUGACAGUGAUAGUGGAAUCGUGCCUACAAAAGAAUUAACGGACGAUAGGAUGCCUGGGCGAAGUACCUCACAUUCUGCUGGUGACCUUGCUCAUGUCUGUAAGACAGAUUAUACGAACGGAGUAAAUACCCGACCUUGCGUUGCAAAAUCUAAAAGCUGUAUCGAACUUGUGUGCACACACGAAUAUUUGGACCUUGAAGAACUUUAUCAAACAGCCAAGGCCGAAGAUAAGCGAAAAUUAGCUGCUAAAUAUUUCGACGAGGGGGAGGACGUUUUUGGUGUCAUAGGACAAUUUCAAGCGAAAUAUAUUCAUGACACUGAAAAAGAAGAAAGUGAAGUGCUGAAUCAAAAUAUCGGACAAAAUAUAGAGUCUUCACUAGUAAUAGGUCGAUCAGAACAAAUUGAAGAAAGCUGUUGUGCAAAUGAUAAAGAUUUCAUUGUUGAACAGCAACCUGCUCAAUCCCAAAACGAUACAAAAAUGGACGACCCAAAAGACACUGAUGGGAUGGAAGAUAUUGAUGAAAUAAAACAAACUGAUUCUCUUGUAUAAAGACGACAAUCUGUCCAGCCAUUAAAAAACGAUGUUUCGGCCAUUCAUUAGAUAUCAUGAAUUAAAUUUUAUUAAAACUGCAGAUAAGUAUAAAGUUAUGGAAAGCUGUAUCUUAACAAAAAUUUCGAGUAGUCAACUCAAAAGUUAAGGCUACACUUUUAGGUUAAAAUUACACGAUAGGAAUGAAAUGAAAUUACAUUUUGUAUCUUCCCUGGGAUGGAUUUUGAGGGGUCGGGGUCAAUGUUACUGCGAUUGAAGGUAGAAAAAUGUUCUACGCCCAAUUACUUUAGACUGCUACUUUUUCCUAAAUUAUACAAGUAAUUAAUUGGCUAAACUUUCUGAUUGUUUUUAUUUUCAUAUGAUAUCGAAUUGCAAAUAGGAUAUCCCACUACAUUUCUAGGUUGAAAAGGAAGUGCAUAUAAUGAUUUAAUCUACGGCGAGCUUGAAUUUGUAAACUAUCAGCAAUUAUAUAAUUAUCAUACCAUCGUAACUUUUUUACUUAAGAUGUUACAUACAAAUGAUAAUAAGUACAAUAAAACAAUUUAUUUUACCGUAUUGAAGGUUGGUUAAAGAUACCCUAUUUAAUAUGUUAGUUUUUAUUAUUACAAGAUUUGUUAAGCUUGACUUAAACCUGCAUAUAUUGUUUGCAGAUGUAGGAAACGAUUAUUUAGUUCUGGUAUCUUCUACAAAACUGGAAGGGAAAAUAAGAAGACUCUAAUAGAACAUUGUUUUAUAAGAAAAUAGCAUGUUGUAAACCUCAGCCUAUUGCCAAAUUAGAAAGUUCCGAUUUGGUUUAUCGGGGUAACGUGUACCCUAUCAUAGACUAAAGAGUGAAAUGUUGGCAUAACACACCCUAAUAUCUGUUGAGCGCAGAAAAUAAAAUAUAUUAGCAAUUCUUAGCAAUAUGUAGUAUAUACUCUACAAUGUAAAUAUGCACGUUUUAUUGGAUAGACAUAGAACAAAUAUGCAUAUGAUUAAGAUGAUUUGUUACGAAAGCUAUCUAAGUUUACAAUGCAUUUAGAUAGAUCAGCUGACAUGAAUUCGUCCUAAACCAGAUUUUGGUAUUUAUGUACCGUGCUAAUCAACUUCAGUGUUACGUUUUAAACAUAUUGCUGUCAUUUAGUAACAUGUUGUUUAUGUUUAUGAAUAUUACUUGAUUCAUGUAGAGACGUAUACAUAUAAUUGAUGUUGUACCUUAUGAUAUUAAACUUAAAUUGUACAGAAAUUAUAUUUUCAUUAAGAAAUAUAUAUGACAUACCUUUGUAUAGUAUCUCUUAAUCAAAUUCGAUUUAAAAAAAACAUUCAUGCUUCCUAUAAAUAGAAAUACUUAAAAUAAAUUAAGAUUAUUAAAAACAAUAAUGAAUCGACUAUAUUUUGACUAUUUAUUUGAUAUUAGCUUUUUGACAAUUUGGUUCAGGUAAGAAUAUUGUUUUGUUUUUUUUCGGUAAGAGUAACAUUCUUUAAGAUGUCAAGUAAUUUUCCUAAGACUUUUUAUAGUUUCGUUUCGCAUAGGUAUUGUACAUUGAGUGUCUUAUUUUGCAUUACUAUAUAAAAUAUAGCAUAUAAUAUGUAUAUAUCACGCCUCCAGCAUGAAUGAUGCAACGCCAUUGGCCCAGGCAUGGUCACACGGUGUCCCCAUAUGUGUCUAUAUUGGGUCACUAAUCGUUAUACCGUACCAAAAUAGCGUAUUUUCCCGAAUCCGAUAAAUAAAUGUUACAUUUUCCAGACGGUGCUGACGUCUUGAUCAAUGUUAACAGAUUGGCAACGUGAUAUAUACGUUAUGGGGAUAGUAGAUAACCCGUUAUAGGACAUACGGGGUGCAGGAAACCAUAUAAGCUCACAUACUAACCCUGUGACUGAUAAUGUAUAUAUACAUACACGAUAGCAUAUGCGUCAAGGUUACUUGUAAUAGUAACAGUAUAAAUUAGUUAAUAUAAACUUGUAUAAAGAGUAUUCUUUUCGUAUUGUUAAAUGAAUUGUUCAUUGAUUCACCUGUAAAUACUACAAUGUAUCCUUAUGUUCUGUAAAUAAAUCUUGAAAUAUC